AUGAAUGACAAAUCUCUGCCUCAGCUCACACAGGUGGAAGAGACAUCUCCCACCGGCAGCAGAGGCACUUUCCAGUCCUGUCAGCUGCCUCAGGGCUCCCUGGCCUCGCACGAAGCACACCCCACUGCAGGGCUCACUGUGAGCACCGCCGGACCAUGUCGGCACCGCCUCGACUUUGAUACAAUGGCUGCAGGAAAUUUGGAUUUGGGAACUAUCUUCCUUGCUCAGACUGCAAUUGGGAUCUUUGGAAAUUGUUUCCUCUUUUGCUUUUACACCUUCUGUCUGCUCACUGGAUACAACUUGAGACUCACAGACCUAAUUCUCAACCAACUGGUUUUAGCCAACUCCCUAGUCCUAGUCUCCAAAGGGAUAUCGCAAACAACAGUGGCAUUUCGAUGGAAACAUUUCCUGGGCGAUGUUGGAUGCAAACUUGUAUUCUAUCUUCACAGAGUGGGCACAGGGCUUUCUUUCAGCACUGUCUGCCUUCUUAAUGGCUUCCAGGCAAUUAAGCUCAACCCCAGUAUUUGUAGAUGGAUGGAGCUCAAGAUUCGGUCCCUAACAUUCAUUGGCUUCUGCUGCUUCCUGUGCUGGAUUCCAAAUCUCUCAAUAAAUUCGUGUAUGAUAGUAAUAGUGAAUGGUCCACUGAAUUGCAAAAACAUUACUGUGAGAACCACUUGUGGACCCUGUUCCUGGACAAUGCCAGAGAGGCAUGCCUUACUAUACACACUCUUAUAUUUUUCCCUUGACAUUCUCAGUGUGGCCUUCAUUAUCUGGGCCAGUGGCUCCAUGGUCCUGGUCCUGCACAGACACAGGCAACAGGUCCAGCACAUUCAUGGCCACAGCCUCACCCCAGAGUCAUCCCACGUAGCCAGAGCCACAUGCACCAUCAUGAUCCUGGUGAGCUCCUUUGUGACCUUUUAUUCAGUCUAUAUUAUUCUGACCAUCUGGGCAACUCUAGUCUCAAAUCGUGGCCAGUGGAUAGUGAACAGCUCUGUGCUGGCGGCCUCGUGUUUCCCAGCAUUCAGCCCCUUUGUGCUCAUCUUCAGGGACUCCAGGAUCUGUCAUUUCUUCAUGGUCUGCUGGGAGACACAAACUGUUCUUCAUAAGCAGCUGACGUUGUGA